CCCGCUAGGUCAUUGGUGCUCAUGGCCGCGGAACAUUUGGUCCCUACGUCUGUUUUGAAAUAAAUUCCCCUCUUGUUCCCUCUGACCCCCGCCUCUCAUCUCAUCAUUAUCAUUCAUUCAUCAAAUCAUCUAAUCGAUCCUACCUCUCAUUUCUCCAUUUGCUUUUGUUGGUCAUCAUGGCGACUGACAUUCCUCUUGCCAACCUCAAGGAGCCCAUUGACUUCGCCGAGUACCUUUUCACUCGUAUCAAGCAGCUGGGCAUCCAGUCUAUUCACGGACUUCCCGGUGACUACAACCUGGUCACUCUCGACUAUGUUCCCAAGGUUGGCCUCACCUGGGCUGGAAAUGUUAACGAGCUCAAUGCUGGUUACGCCGCCGACGGCUACGCCCGUGUGAAGGGUGCUGGCUGUGUUGUCACGACCUUCGGUGUUGGUGAGCUGUCCGCCGUUAAUGCAUUGGCUGGCUGCUACUCCGAGUUCGUGCCUGUGGCCCACAUUGUCGGCACCCCCUCGACUCGUUCCAUCCGUAACAACAUGCUCCUCCACCACACCCUCGGCAACGGCGAUUUCAAUGUCUUCGCCAACAUGAGCAAGCAGAUCUCUUGUGCCGUGGCCAACCUUUUUGAGCCCCACGAUGCUGCUCAGCAGGUUGACAAUGUGCUGCGCGAAAUGAUGCUCCAGAGCCGACCUGUCUACAUCACCGUUCCCUCCGACCUUUCCAGCAAAAAGGUUGAGGGUGAACGCCUGAAGACUCCCAUUGACUUUUCUUACCCUGCCAACGAUCUGGAGAAGGAGGAGUACGUUGUCGAUGUUGUUCUCAAGUAUCUGCACGCUGCCAAGAACCCUGUCAUUCUCGUUGAUGCUUGCGCCAUUCGCCACAGAGCGGUUGCCGAGACGAAUGAAUUCGUCAGGAAGUCUGGUCUUCCCACUUUCUGUGCCCCCAUGGGCAAGGGCGCGGUUGACGAGACCCUCCCCAACUACGGCGGUGUCUACGCUGGUGACGGCUCUAAUGAGAACGUCCGUGAGAUUGUCGAGUCCUCUGACCUUGUUUUGAGCAUUGGUGCUAUCAAGUCCGACUUCAACACCACCGGUUUCACCUACCAAAUUAGCCAGCUUCAGACCAUUGACUUCCACAGCAACUACGUUCGGGUGAGAUGGUCUGAAUACCCUGGAAUCCGGAUGAACGGCGUCCUGAAGAAGGUCACUGAGCGCAUGGGCAAGCUCAAUGUUAGCCCAACCCCCGCUUUUUCAAACAAGGUCGCCGCCGUCGACCAGGGAGACCUCAACGGCGAGAUUACUCAGGCCUGGCUGUGGCCCACUGUUGGCCAGUGGCUGCAACCGCACGACGUUGUCCUCACUGAGACUGGUACUGCCAACUUCGGUAUCUGGGAAACUCGUUUCCCCAAGGGCGUCGUCGCAGCCAGCCAAGUCUUGUGGGGUAGCAUUGGCUGGUCCGUUGGUGCCUGCCAGGGUGCUGCCCUUGCUGCUAAAGAGUUGGGUGACAACCGUACUAUCUUAUUCGUCGGUGAUGGCUCUUUCCAGCUCGGUGCUCAGGAAGUGAGCACCAUGAUCCGCCGGAACUUGAAGCCUAUCAUCUUCUGCAUUUGCAACGAUGGUUACACUAUUGAGCGAUUCAUCCACGGAGAGGAUGCUGAAUACAAUGACAUUCAGGAGUGGAAGAACAAAGAGCUGCUUAACGUCUUUGGUGCCGAUCCAAAGAAGUCUAAGACCUUCACCGUCAAGACCAAGCAGCAGCUGCUCGAUCUCUUCGCUGACAAGGAGUUCUCUUCUGCUCCUUACAUUCAGUUUGUUGAGCUUUACAUGCCUAAGAUGGAUGCGCCCAAGUCUCUGGCCAUCACUUGCGAGGUUGCUGCUAAGAACAACGCGAAGCAGUAGAAAAUUUCUUCCAGUCUCCUUUUCUCCUUUCUCUUUUUUGUCCUAGGCGGGGAUUUUUUUUUCUUCAAUAGGUAGCGCUUUAUGACCCC